GCCUCGGCACGGCCCCUCAGUUCGGAGCCGGGCAGCUACCCUCGUCGAGGGGGAAGCGUGGAGCCGAGGGCGGUGCCUGUGAGCGCAGCUCCCCGCCACUGCCCCUCACCAUGGAGCCGGGGUACGUCCCCCGGGGUGGGGAUCUCACUGCAGAAGUCAAAGGCAGAAGAGAAAAUCAAAUCUGGUAUUUGAAAAUAUCAAAACUGGCACUGGCUUUUGCCAUUAUCCGCUCCAAACCACCAGGGAAGAGCUGCAAAGAGUACACUGAGCACCUUGCCAAACUUGUAUCUCAACAAGAUUUUGACUGGAAAUCGAAAGUUAAAACACUAGAAGCUGAAAUUUUUCGUUUACGUCAGGAGCUUCUUUUGAACAAGAUCUGUCAGAGAGUCUGCUUGGAAAAUGGAAAACCAGGUGCCUCUACUGAAACUCUUCUGGAUGAGGAACAUGUAAAUCCUAUGAGUUACUCAAGCCAGUUACAGGACUCUGGAUGUGAUGUGUCUAAUGACUAUGCAUUUGAAUCUUUAGGAAUAGCUUCUGAUUUCCAAGAACUUGAGCAUACUGUCGACACAUCUAAACGUUGUUUGGAAAUAGUUCCCCCAUUGAAUCUUUGCUAUGCUAGCAAGGAGGAAUCUUUGACUGUUCCAGUACAGUUUUUUAAACAUUUGCUUGAAAUAAGGAAGCUGUCAGAAGGAGGAAUGCUGCAAGCAGACUUCACAGAGCUUGAGAAUGAUUCUUUCACGAUAUGCAAUUCAGUGUCUCAGCUGCUUGAUGGGCUAACUGUUUUUUACAACAGUCCUAAAUUUCCAGUUUCAAGUUCUCUUACUGAGGCAGUUUGUGUUUUGAUCAGAUUAGUAACUGACACUAAAUUAUCUAAUCAUGUUCUGAAGAAGUGUUUCAGGAAGCUGGAAGAAUUUAUGAAAAACCUAAUUCAGAUUAUAUUAAGAAACAGCGAUAUCAAUAGGUUUCAGGCACUGGAUGCUGUGUCACACACUCUUGUUUUGCUAGGAAGGAACAACAUACUUCGAAAUUCUUUAAUGUCUUUUCUACUGUCAGAACUACAGCAGUUUGCUGAGCAGAUGUUGCAAGCUUACCAGAUCCAGGAGAUGUAUGACAUUACCCAGUAUGAGAAUAUUUUUUCUUUGUUUAUGAUUCUGGAACAACUUCUUCACAAAGAGACAGAAGAAAGUAACACUUCAGACUCAGGCUAUGAUGGAGAAGAGAAAAUCAAAUUUCUGAAGAACCUUGAUCAAAUUAUUCUUCACGUUUCAGAUGAAUUCCCUUUGUUUUCUUUAUAUUUAUGGAGAGUGAGUGUUCUUUUGAACUCAGCUCAAAUACAAAUUGAUUAAAACAAGCAGCCUACUUUUAA